AUGGCGUGUCCUUUCAUCGCAAACCCUAUCGACGUUGAAGCCCAAAUUAUUCGCCUUGCCUUACAUCGGGAGAGGAUUUUGAGACCCCGGUUAGAUGUACUUUCUUUUCCUGAGGAGUACCUCAUCGAGCGUUACCGUUUUUCGUUACAGUCUAUAAUUUAUUUGAACAGUAUUCUCCGGCCUUACAUAUGUAAUAUUACACACCGUGGACAUGCUCUCACAUCAGAACAAAUUCUUUGUGUUGCUCUUUGUUUUUUUGCAAACGGGAGUUUUCUUUAUAACAUUAAUAAAGAGCAUAUUAGCAAAGCAACAGUUUGUAGAGCCGUGAGAAAAGUGUCCCUCGCACUUAAACAACUACUACACAUUUUUGUUGUGUUUCCUGGGCACAAACCUGUAAGGACUAUCAAAGAGUUCCACAGGAUUGCAGGGUUUCCAAAUGUCAUCGGCUGCAUCGAUGGCACACACAUCCCCAUCACUGCUCCUUCAGUUAAUGAGGGAGACUAUGUGAAUAGGAAGUCAAUCCACAGCAUUAAUGUGCAGAUCAUAUGUGAUGCGGCACACUUCAUCACCAAUGUUGAAGCCAAGUGGCCCGGCUCUGUCCAUGACUCACGAAUGUAUCGUGAGUGUACACUGAGCAACAGAUUUGCUAAUGGAGAGUUUGAUGGCCACCUACUUGGUGACAGAGGGUACCCCUGCCAGCCCUCUCUGUUGACCCCUUACCCUGACCCUGAGCUGGGCCCUCAACAAUGUUUCAAUGUGGCCCACUGCAGAACUAGAGCCCGGGUAGAGAUGACAAUAGGCAUGCUCAAAGCCCGGUUCCAGUGUCUGCGUAAACUCAGGGUAAACCCAGAGAGGGCGUGUGACAUUAUUGUGGCAUGUGUUGUUCUCCAUAAUAUUGCCACAAUUAGAGGAGAGCAACACCCUGCCGUACAAAUAGAUGACCCUGAGGAAGACCACCCUAUCCUCCCUCCCGAUGUCCCGGAUGGAAGAGCCAUCAAAGACGUAAUUUACCACAAUCGUUUUGCAGAUUAA